GGGAAGACGGAGAAGGCAGGCCGCGCCCCCUUCGGCUCACGACGUCACUGCGCCGCCGCUCGGCGCGUGUGGGGCGCUCUUCGGUCGCGAGUACGUGCUUCGCCCGUCGCCCCUCCGCCUGGCUUCGCCACCACGGAGGGGCUCGAGCGGCCUGGCGGCCCGGAGACCCAGGGCGCGUCGUGAGAGCUCAGAAGCACGGUCAGGGAGAGGCCCGUGCGCAGCCCUGGGCGGACGCACCGCUGUUUGCGUUUCCUCAGAGCGCGGCGUAGGAGUCCUUUCAUCAUGAGAAAUCUAAAGUUAUUUCGGAGCUUGGAGUUCAGGGAUAUUCAGGCUCCAGGGAAACCUCAGUGCUUCUCUCUCCGAACUGAACAGGACACAGUGCUCAUUGGCUCAGAACAUGGACUGAUAGAAGUAGACCCUGUCAUAAGAGAGGUGAAAAAUGAAAUUCCUCUGGUGGCAGAAGGCUUUCUCCCAGAGGAUGGAAGUGGCUGCAUUGUUGGUAUUCAGGAGUUGCUGGAUCACGAGUCUGUGUGUGUGGCCACAGCUUCUGGAGAUGUCCUACUUUGCAAUCUCAACACACACCAGCUGGAAUGUGUCGGGAGUGUAGCCAGUGGUAUCUCUGUCAUGAGUUGGAGUCCUGACCAAGAGCUGGUGCUUCUUGCCACAGGUCAACAGACCCUAAUUAUGAUGACAAAAGAGUUUGAACCAAUCAUGGAACAGCAAAUCCACCAGGAUGAUUUUGGUGAAAGCAAGUUCAUCACUGUUGGCUGGGGCAGGAAGGAGACACAGUUCCAUGGAUCAGAAGGCAGGCAAGCCGCCUUUCAGAUGCAAAUGCACGAGUCUGCUUUGCCCUGGGAUGACCAUAGACCACAAGUUACCUGGCGUGGUGAUGGACAGUUUUUUGCUGUGAGUGUUGUUUGCCCAGAGACAGGGGCUCGAAAGGUCAGAGUGUGGAGCCGGGAGUUUGCUUUACAGUCAACCAGUGAGCCUGUGGCAGGACUGGGACCUGCUCUGGCUUGGAAGCCCUCAGGCAGUUUGAUUGCAUCUACGCAAGAUAAACCCAAUCAGCAGGAUGUUGUGUUUUUUGAGAAAAAUGGACUUCUCCAUGGACAUUUUACACUUCCUUUCUUUAAAGAUGAGGUUAAGGUUAAUGACCUUCUCUGGAAUGCAGAUUCCACUGUGCUUGCAGUUUGGCUGGAAGACCUUCAGAGGGAAGAAAAUUCCACUCUAAAAACCUAUGUUCAGCUCUGGACUGUUGGAAACUAUCACUGGUAUCUCAAGCAAAGCCUGCCCUUCAGCACCUGUGGGAAGAGCAAGAUUGUGUCUCUGAUGUGGGACCCGGUGACCCCAUACCGGCUGCAUGUUCUCUGUCAAGGCUGGCAUUACCUCUGCUAUGACUGGCACUGGACGACUGACCGGAGCUCAGGAGAGAAUUUAAGUGACAUGGCAAAUGUGGCUGUUGUUGAUGGAAACAGGGUAUUGGUGACAGUCUUCCGGCAGAGUGUGGUUCCGCCUCCCAUGUGCACCUACCGACUGCUGCUCCCACACCCUGUAAAUCAAGUCAUGUUCUCGGCACACCCUAAAAAGAGCAAUGACCUCGCUGUCCUAGAUGCCAGUAACCAGAUUUCUGUUUAUAAAUGUGGUGAUAGUCCAAGCAUAGACUCUACAGUGAAACUGGGAGCUGUGGGUGGAAAUGGAUUUAAAAUUUCUCUUAGAACACCUCAUCUGGACAAGAACUACAAAAUUCAGUUUGAGAACAGUGAAGAUGAAGUAAACCCACUGAAGCUUGGCCUUCUCACCUGGGUUCAGGAAGACGUUUUCCUGGCUGUGAGCCACAGUCAGUCCAGCCCACAGUCUGUCAUUCACCAUCUGACUGUGGCCCCUUCUGCGAUGGAUGAUGAGCAGGGACAGCUCAACAUUAGUUCAUCUGUGACAGUGGAUGGGGUCAUAAUCAGUCUGUGUUGCAACUCCAAGACCAAGUCAGUAGCACUGCAGGUGGCUGGUGGUCAGAUACUUAAGUACCUUUGGGAAUCACCCUCUCUGGCUGUUGAACCAUGGAAGAACCCUGGUGGAUUUCCUGUUCGAUUUCCUUAUCCGUGCACACAGACCGAACUGGCCAUGGUUGGAGGAGAGGAAUAUGUCCUCGGUCUGACUGAUAGAUGUCGCUUUUUCAUCAAUGACACUGAGGUUGCUUCAAAUAUCACAUCAUUUGCAGUAUAUGAUGAGUUUUUAUUGUUGACGACUUAUUCCCAUACUUGCCAGUGUUUUUGCCUGAGAGAUGCAUCAUUGAAAACAUUACAGGCAGGUCUGAGCAGCAGCCAUGUGUCUAAUGGGGAAUCUCUGCGGAAGGUGGAGAGGGGUUCACGCAUUGUCACUGUUGUGCCCCAGGACACAAAGCUUAUAUUACAGAUGCCAAGGGGAAACUUAGAAGUUGUUCAUCAUCGAGCCCUGGUUUUAGCUCAGAUUCGGAAGUGGUUGGACAAACUAAUGUUUAAAGAAGCAUUUGAAUGCAUGAGAAAACUGAGAAUUAAUCUCAAUCUGAUUCAUGAUCAUAACCCUAAGGUGUUUCUUGAAAAUGUGGAAACCUUCAUAAGACAGAUAGAUUCUGUAAAUCAUAUUAAUCUGUUUUUCACAGAAUUGAAGGAAGAAGAUGUUACAAAAACCAUGUACCCUCCACCAGUUACCAGCACUGUCCAGCUGUCCAGCGAUCCUGAUGGGAAAAAAGUAGACCUUAUCUGCGACGCUAUGAGAGCAGCCAUGGAGAACAUAAAUCCUCACAAGUACUGCCUAUCGAUACUCACCUCUCACGUGAAAAAAACAACCCCAGAACUGGAAAUUGUGCUGCAGAAGGUACACGAGCUUCAAGGAAGUGCUGCACCUGUUCCUGAUGCUGUGAGUGCUGAAGAGGCCCUGAAGUAUUUGCUGCUUCUUGUAGAUGUUAAUGAAUUAUAUGAUCAUUCUCUUGGGACCUAUAACUUUGAUUUGGUCCUCAUGGUAGCUGAGAAGUCACAGAAGGAUCCCAAAGAAUACCUUCCAUUUCUAAAUACACUUAAGAAAAUGGAAACGAAUUAUCAGCGGUUCACUAUAGACAAAUAUUUGAAACGGUAUGAAAAAGCCAUUGGCCACCUCAGCAAAUGUGGACCGGAGUACUUCCCAGAAUGCUUAAACUUAAUAAAAGAUAAAAACUUGUAUAACGAAGCUCUGAAGUUAUAUCCACCAAACUCGCAGCAGUACAAGGACAUCAGCAUUGCUUACGGGGAACACCUGCUGCAGGAGCACCUCUGUGAGCCAGCAGGGCUCGUGUUUGCCCGCGCUGGUGCCCACGAGAAAGCUCUCAGCGCCUUUCUGGCUUGUGGCAGUUGGCAGCAAGCUCUCUGUGUGGCAGCCCAGCUUCACUUGACCAAAGACCAGCUGGCUGGCCUGGGCAGAACUCUGGCAGGAAAGCUAGCUGAGCAGAGGAAGCACAGCGACGCAGCCACAGUUUUGGAACAGUACGCCCAGGAUUAUGAAGAAGCUGUGCUCUUGCUGUUAGAAGGAGCUGCCUGGGAAGAAGCUCUGAGACUGGUACAUAAAUAUAACAGACCAGAUAUUAUAGAAACCAACGUAAAGCCUUCCAUUUUAGAAGCCCAGAAAAAUUAUAUGGCGUUUCUGGACUCUCAGACAGCCACCUUCAGUCGCCAUAAAGCACGUCUAUUGGUGGUGCGGGAGCUCAAAGAGCAAGCACAGCAGGUGCAUCUGGAUGAUGAGGCACCCCACGGUCAAGAGUCAGAUCUCUUCUCUGAAACUAGCAGUGUCGUGAGUGGCAGUGACAUGAGUGGCAAAUAUUCCCACAGUAACUCCAGAAUAUCAGCGAGAUCAUCUAAGAAUCGGCGCAAAGCGGAACGGAAGAAGCACAGCCUCAAGGAAGGGAGUCCACUGGAGGAUCUGGCCCUUUUGGAGGCAUUGAGUGAUGUGGUGCAGGGCACUGAAAAAUUGAAAGAUGAAAUAUACCAUAUUUUAAAGAUACUCUUUCUCUUUGAGUUUGACGAGCAAGGAAGGGAAUUACAGAAGGCCUUUGAAAAUACUCUGCAGCUAAUGGAAAGGUCACUUCCAGAAAUUUGGACUCUCACCUCCCAGCAGAGUUCAGCUACACCUGUUCUAGGUCCCAAUUCUACUGCAAAUAGUAUCAUGGCCUCUUAUCAACAAGAAAAGACUUCAGUUCCUGUUCUUGAUGCUGAGCUUUUUAUACCACCAAAGAUCAACAGAAGAACCCAGUGGAAACUGAGCCUUCUAGAGUGACUCUGACCCCAGUUAGGAGGGCUCUGGCAGAGAAGGCUGUUUUCCUUCCCCUCCUCACUCCUCGAGGCCUGGCUGCUGGGAACUGGGGAGAGUAAGACCAUCUACCUUAGCAUUACGGAGAGCUGCUCUUUGCAGCUGACCUCAGCAGACACCAGUUCUAUUUUAUUUUGCAUAUAAUCUUAAUCGUUAGCAAGGCUUAAAGCUUUAACCCAUAUAGCAUCAUUUCGUAAAAAUUACUGUUCUUCUGCUUAGUGCUGAUUGAGAGCAUAUUUCUGGUAUUUAUGGUAAUCAGGACAUUGAGUUUCAUUCCCAGCUACAGGUCUGAAUCAUAUUGGGACCGUAAGUAGACAAAUCACAGAAUUGACUUGUGCCUCAGUUAAUUGGGAAUGUUUUGUGGCUGCUACCUCAGAAGUGUGAAGAGAAGUUAAAUAAUGUUUUUAAAUUGUUUUAUGUUCCUUGAGGAAAGCCUUAUGUAUAAACAACUAAUGGCUAUUAGUGCUCCCAACGAUAGGUCGAAUUUAAUCAUUUAAAUGACUUCACCUUGAACUAAAGCAGAAUGAAAAGUGAAAUCUAUCCUUUGAUAUUCUAAGCUUUCCUAUGCUGACAGCGGUUAUUUUCUAAUAUCUUGCCAGGUCAUGUGCUUCCAGUUAUAACUGGUUUGAGCCUCCUAUCACUACAGUGUCCAUAUGGACUAUUUUUAUUGCCUGUGAAUGUUCUGCUAGAGUUAGCAGUGUUAGAGCUGGAACAGAUUAGAAUUUCUGAAACAGUAUUGCGUACAUUUGGGAUGGUGAGCAGUGUGCAUCACAGGCAUGAACAGUAGUAAGUUACUCCUUUUUCUCCAAAUGUUGCUUCUUUUAACAUAAUGUUUUUGUCAGUAUUUAGGUCAUUUCAUUUAUUUUUCUUUAUGGUGCUUAACUGACCUCUGUCUUUUAGUUAUUUUCUUUGGAAGAAAUGAGAAUGUUAUCUCUUUUUAGUGAGUCUAGAAAAAAGCUCAGUUCGUUUUGACAGUAGUUUGUGGCUGACUCUUGGGUAAGGUUAACAAUCUCUUUCAUGCUUUUAAUACCAGAACCAGACCUUUAUUACUGUACGUAAACUAACAGGACAUCAGAGUAUAGGUAUACCCAGAAUUGUGUAACUAAAGAAGACUUUGCCUAGUAUAGCAAAAUGUAAACUUUAGAAUCUAGGUGUGUUCACUGUAUAAUUCAUCUUUUCUGUGUGUCUGAAAAUUUUCACAAAAUAAUAGAAAAAGUAGAAGAAGAAUAUCUAUAAUUAAGUGCCCAACGUUGAAAGGCUGCAAGUGUUUUGUGACUACUCUUUGGUGUGGAUUAAUGAACAUGGUAACUUACAUGUCAUUUUAAUAUAUUAUAGUGCUCUUGCUAUGGAUAAUAGUAAAGGGACCCAUGCUGAUGGGUGGGAAAUAGAAGUAAAUGUGUCUGUUGAUAAUGGUGUGACUUUGCAUGGAUGUUCACUUUCCUUGAAAUAAUAUAUUGAAGCAGCAAAAAAGAAUUUGUGUGAAUACAAAUUACUAUCAGUUACUCUCUCUCUGAGCAAGAUGGAAUUUUAUUCAUUUGGAGUAGAAGCAAGUGAGAGCAGACCUUCCAAAUUGAAGGCUAAGUCAAGGGUGAAUUCAUGGGGAAAAGUGCUGUGUAUGGGCAAAGGAGAAACUCCUUGGAGUUGUGAAUGCUUAAUUUGUGGGAAAGAUUUUGUCAAGUUCUAGAGAAGGGUAUAUAAUUCUUCCCCCAAAUUUGGCCUCUUCCCAAAGCAAAUUCAUGCAAGAAGCUAAAAGCCUCAGUUAUUUAGUUUGUUCCAUGGAAUCAGCUUUGUUCAGAUGCUUCAGACAUCAAGAGGAAACUUGCAGAGGACUUUCUCCGAUAAAUGCACAUUUUAAAUUUAGACUUCGUUAAAAAACAGAGGCAGGAGCUAAUGUUUUUAUUAUGUCUUUAUGAGUAUAGCUUGGUGUAAUUUCUUAGCAUUGCCACGUAUUUUAAAGUAACUUUAUUUUCCAUAUGUAUCUACAUAUAUACACACAUGCACACAUCUGAGGGAUUUUUCAUAGUCAUAAUUGAAGAGGAUUUCUUAAAAAUAAGCUUUAAGGCAUUUUGAGUUUAUUUUUGUGCAUGGUGUAAAGGUAUGUUCUCACUUCAUUGAUUUACAUGCAGCUGUCCAACUUUCCCAGUAUCACUUGCUUAAGAGACUGUCUUUUUCCCAUUUUAUAUUCUUGCCUCCUUUAAGGUUUAAUUGACCAUAGGUGUGUGGGUUUCUGAGUUCUCUGUUUUGUUCCAUUGAUCCAUGUGUCUGUUUUUGUGCCUAUAUCACACUGUUUUGAUUACUGUAGCUUGGUAGUAUUGUCUGAAGUCUGGAAGGUUUAUGCCUCCUGCUUUGUUCUUUUCCUCAGGAUUACUUUGGCAAUCCUUUAAUAAUAUUAAUUUUUCCAUUUCAAGAGCAUGGCAUAUCUUUCCAUUUCUUUGAAUCAUCUUUAAUUUCCUUUAUUAAUGUUUUAUACAUAAGUCUUUAAUCUCCUUGGUCAGGUUUACUUCUAAGUAUUUUUAUUUUGGGGCUGUGAUGUUAAAAGGUAUUUUUUUUUUACAUUCCCGUUCUGGUAUUUCAUUGUUAGUGUAAAGAAAUGCAACCAGUUUCUGUAUGUUAAUCUUGUAUCCUGGUACUUACUGAUCAGUUCUAGUAGUUUUUGUGUGGAGUGCUUAGGAUUUUCUAUAUACAGGGUCAUGUCAUCUGCAGAUAAUGAAAAUUUUACCUCUUCCCUCCCAAUUUGGAUACAUUUUAUUUCUUUUUCUUGUCUGACUGCUGUGGUUAGGGCUUCCAGUUCUAUGUUCAGUAGAAGUGGUGAAAGUGAACAUCCUUGUCUUGUUCCAGAUUUUAGCAGGAGGGCUUUCAGCUUUUCACCAUUGAGUAUUAUAUUGGCUGUGGGUUUGUCAUAAAUAGGUUUUAUUAUGUUGAGAUAUGUUGCCUCUCUACCCACUUUGGAAAGUUUUUAUCAUGAAUGGACACUGAAUUUUGGCAAAAGCUUUUUCUGCAUGUAUUGAGAUGAUCAUGUGGUUUUUGUCUUGUCUUUUGAUGUGGUGUAUCACAUUGAUUUGCAUAUGUUGAACCAUCCUUGUGAAGUUGGGAUGAAUCCCACUUGGUGUAUGAUUUUUUAUUUAUGGUUGUGUUGGGUCUUUGUUGAUGCUCAUGGGCUUUCUCUAGUUGCGGAGAGUGGGGGCUACUCCUCAUUGCAGUGUGCGGGCUCUCACUGCAGUGGCUUCUCUUGUUGUGGAGCAUGGGCUCUAGGCGCGCAGGCUUCAGUAGUUGUGGCGCACAGGCUUAGCUGCUCCAUGGCACGUGGGAUAUUCCCGGACCAGGGAUUGAACCCGUGUACCCUGCAUUAGCAGGCGGAUUCUUAACCACUGCACCACCAGGGAAGUCCCAUGUAUGAUCUUCUUCAUGUGUUGUUGGAUUCAAUUUGCUAAUAUUUUGUUGAGAAUUUCUGCAUUUGUAUUCAUCAAAGAUACUGGCUUGUAAUUUUCUUUUUAGGUGAUACCUUUGUCCAGUUUUGAUAUCAGGGUGAUGGUGGCUUCAUAGAAUGUCUUUGGUAGUGUUUGUUCCUCCUCUUCAGUGUUUUCAAAGAGUUUGAGAAGGAUUGGUAUAGGUUCUUCUUUGUAUGUUUGGUACAAUUCACCUGUGAAGCCAUCCAGUCCUGGACUUUGUAGGGAGUUUUUUCAAAUUGUCUAUUUCUUCUUGAUUCAAUUUUGGUGGGCUCUGUCUUUCUAGAAACUUGUCUAUUACAUCUAGGUUUUCAAAUCUGUUGGUAUAUAAUUGUUCAUAGUAUUCCCUUAUAGUUUUUUGUAUUUCUGUAUAACUGGUUGAUUUUUCAUUUCUUAUUUUGCUUAUUUAGGUUCUCUUGUCUUUUUGUGCCUGGAGAGUUUUGUCAAUUUUGUCUGCCCUUUCAAAGAACCAGCUCUUGCUUUUAUUGGUUUUUGUCCUUUUUUUAAUCUCUAUUCCUCUCUGAUCUUUAGUCUUUCCUUUUUUCUGCUGGCUUUGUUUUGUUUGUAAUUCUUUUUAGUGGUUGGUUAGGUUGAGAUUUUUCUUGUUUUGUAAGGAAGGGCUGUAUUGUGAUGAACUUCCCCCUAGAACUGGUUUUGCUGCAUCCCCUAGAUUUUGUAUGGUUGUAUUUUCACUGUCAUUUGUUACAAGGUAAUUUUUCAUUUCCUCAUUGACACAUUGUUUUUUUAGUAGCAUGGUGUUUAGUCUCCAUGUUAUCGUUUUUCGCAUUUCUUUUUCUGUGAUUUCAAGUUUCAUGGCACUGUGGUCUGAGAAGAUGCUACAAAUAAUUCCUACACUCUUAAAUUUGUUGAGGUUUGUUUUGUGCCCUGGUAUGUGGUCAGUCCUAGAGGAUGUUCCAUGUGCACUUGGAAAUAAUGUGAAUUCUGGUUUUUUGGAUGUAAUGUCCUGGAAACAUCAAUUAACUCUAACUGUUCUAUUGUAUCAUUAUAUGUUCUAUUGUAUCUCUAGAAGAGAUCAUAGGCAAAACAUUCUCUGAUAUAAAUCGUACCAAUGUUUUCUAAGGUCAGUCUUCCAAGGCAAUGGAAAUAAAAAUAAAUGGGACCGUGUCAAA